AUUUUCCUUUAAAUCAAAACCGCCGGUGGUUUCCAGAAACCCGCUUUACAAAACCACCAUCUGACACCCCUCCUUUACUAACUACACACUGCACAACUGCAGAAUCCAAAGAAGAAAGGAGAAAAGAGGGAAAAUGCAGGAAGAAACGGAAAAUCUCGGCGAUCCUGAGAAAAUCGACUACGUUUUCAAGAUCGUAGUUAUCGGCGAUUCGGCGGUGGGGAAGACUCAACUCCUCGGCCGGUUCACCAAGGACGAGUUCUGCUUCGACUCCAAGUCUACGAUAGGGGUCGAGUUCCAGACUCGGACGCUGACUAUCAAGAACAAAGUCAUCAAAGCCCAGAUCUGGGACACUGCAGGGCAGGAAAGGUACAGAGCUGUUACGAGUGCAUACUAUAGAGGAGCGCUCGGUGCAAUGUUGGUCUAUGACAUCACCAAACGCCAAUCAUUUGAUCACGUCGCAAGGUGGGUUGAUGAGCUGCGGGCCCAUGCCGACAACUCCAUUGUCAUCAUGUUGAUAGGCAACAAGGCCGAUCUGACGGAUCUGAGGGUUGUCCCGACGGAGGAUGCAGUAGAGUUCGCUGAGGAACAAGAACUUUUCUUCUCGGAGACGUCGGCCCUCAAUGGCGAAAAUGUGGAGAAGGCCUUCUUUAGGCUGUUAGAGGAGAUACAUGGGGUGAUCUCUAAGAAGGCCAUGGAAUGUGUUGAAGUAAAGAAGGAUGGGAAUGAUGUGGUGAUGCUUAAGGGGACCAAGAUUGUGGUGGGCCAACAAGGUUCUGAAUUAGAGAUGAGUGAGAUGAGUGAGAUGAGGAAGAUUCCUUCUUGCUCUUGUUGAUAGGAAAAGGUGGUUUUGUUGUUGUUUUCAUCUUGGGUCUGGAGUGUUUGGUUUGAUCUUUCUAUGGCACGUUGCUUUUUCUUGUAUGUGAAGGAAAUAUGAAAAAAGACUAAGAGAGAGGAGUGAAGUAUUGAGUAUUGGAAAGCUUUUGAAACAUAGACAAUGAAGUCUGUUUUGGUAGCAUUUUUAUUAGAAGAAAUGUUGCAUUGAUCUUUUAA